GAUGGAGCGCUGGCGGGGCAGAGUGGCUCUGGUGACCGGAGCCUCGGUUGGAAUUGGUGCAGCUACAGCCGUAGAGCUGGUCCGGCUCGGAAUGAAAGUCGUGGGCUGCGCCAGGGACGUCGGAAAAAUACAGAAACUGGCAGCAGAGUGUCAGAGCGCCGGCCAUCCUGGUGUUUUGGUUCCUUUCAAGUGUGACUUGACCAACGAGGAGGAGAUUCUGGCCAUGUUUGCAGCGAUCAAAGAGCAGCACAAAGGCGUGGACGUGUGCAUCAACAACGCUGGCUUGGCUCACCCAGAGCCACUGCUAAGUGGCAAAACCAGCGGCUGGAAGAACAUGAUGGAUGUGAAUGUUUUUGGAUUGAGUAUCUGCGCACGUGAAGCGUAUCAGUCGAUGAAAGAGAGAAAUGUUGAUGAUGGGCACAUCAUAAACAUAAACAGUGUAUGUGGACAUCAUGUGAUUCCCCAUGCUGAUCUACAUUUCUACACCGCCACCAAGUUUGCUGUAACCGCUCUGACUGAGGGCCUAAGGCAGGAGCUCCGUGCAGAGAACACCCAUAUCCGAGCAACAAGCAUUUCUCCCAGCUUAGUGAAGACUGAAUUUCCUUUGCGGCUCUAUAGCAACAAUCCAGAUAUAAAAGCCAGCGUUUUCUCUGCAUAUAAGCCUUUGGAAGCAAAAGAUGUUGUCAACGCUGUUAUAUACGUGCUCGGUGCCCCUCCUCAUGUUCAGCAGGCUACCGGUGUUCGUGCUGUGAUGGAGCGCUGGAGGGGCAGAGUGGCUCUGGUGACCGGAGCCUCGGCUGGGAUUGGAGCGGCUGUGGCCGUAGAGCUGGUCCGGCUCGGAAUGAAAGUGGUGGGCUGCGCCAGGGACGUCGGAAAAAUCCAGAAACUGGCAGCAGAGUGUCAGAGCGCCGGUCAUCCUGGUGUUUUGGUUCCUUUCAAGUGUGACUUGACCAAAGAGGAGGAGAUUCUGGCCAUGUUUGCAGCGAUCAAAGAGCAGCACAAAGGCGUGGACGUGUGCAUCAACAAUGCUGGCUUAUCUCAUCCAGAACCUCUGCUAAAUGGCAGAACCAGCAGCUGGAAGAACAUGAUGGAUGUGAACGUUCUUGCACUGAGCAUCUGCACCCGUGAAGCUUAUCAGUCAAUGAAAGAGAGAAACGUGGAUGAUGGCCACAUCAUAAACAUCAACAGCUUGUGUGGGCAUAGUGUGAUUCCCAUUCCUGAUCUACAUUUCUACACCGCCACAAAGUAUGCUGUAACCGCCCUGACGGAGGGCCUGAGACAGGAGCUGCGUGCAGAAAAGAGCCACAUCCGAGCCACAAGCAUUUCUCCUGGUUUAGUGGAGACUGAAUUUGCAUCACGGUUCUACAAAGACAAUCCAGAUAAAGCAGCUGGUGCAUACUCUGCAUAUAAGCCUCUGGAAGCAAUAGAUGUUGCCAAUGCUGUUACCUACGUGCUCAGAGCUCCUCCUCAUGUUCAGAUUGGAGAUGUUCUGAUGAAAGGCACGGAGCAAGCUUAGGGUUGACCUACAUGAUCCCCCUGAAUGAACCUACUUUACUUUAUUUUAAUUUACUACAUUUCUAAACAGUUUGGUUUAUGAUGUUUGUACUGAAAAUUUUCACUGAUGUAUAAAAUAAAAUGAUGGUGGGGGGCUUGCUGAG